GGUGAGGCGGUCGCACACGACCCAGAUCGAGUUGUAGCCAUGCGAAGGCGGCAGCUUGACAAUGAAGUCCAUGGUGAUGGAUCUCCAUGGCCGCGAAGGGAUGUCAAGUGGAUGGAGAAGUCCGUAUGGCUUGUGACGCGGUGUCUUGAUGCGAGUGCAAACAUCGCACGCUUGGAUGUAGCGGUGAAUGAAAGUCUGCAUGCCCGGCCACGAGAAGUCACGGCAGACGAGCCCGAGUGUGUGAACACGCCCAGGGUGACCUGCAACGAGAGAGUUGUGGCGCAUGCACACAAUAUCAGCAUGAAGGGACGCAGGUACAAAGAGGAGACCUUUGUGGAAGACAAGAUUGCCUUCCUGCGUGAAGUCAGUGUCGCCACGCGUGAGCGCCUCUCGCCACUCGGUGUCUGCUUGGUACACAUCUUGAAAGCGCUUGAGCAUCUCCAAGUUGUCGACGGCAAGAGUGGUCAGGGAUGCGAUGGUGGUUGGCGACAUUGA